CGUAAACAUUGUUCUCCCUCCGUAAGAAGAUAAUUUCACGUCCGUGGAGGGUUGACCCUCAGAGCGCGGGGAUGCGCGCGAGGGUAUUUGUACGGCGUGGAUAGGCGAGCCGACAAUUUUGUGUGGCGGCCUGGCUCUCGAUAUCGAUUCCAAGAGGCCGCCGCCGCCGCCGCCGGAGUAGUCGCGCACCCUCAUCGUCCUUCAGUCGGCAAAACGGCCGCUCGUCGACAUCGUUGUCGUUUACAUCGUUGUUAUUCGCCAACGUCAUCGUCGAUGCGCGUAGGAUCGAUGAGAAGCGAAAUCGAUCAAUCAAGUCAGAGUCGACGAUCGAGCUCAUCUACUGUGCAAUUAAUCACGCUGAAAAAGAUGCGGAUUGCAUCGGGAUAAAGACACUGCGUAUAUUAACAAUCAAACAGAAUAGAGGCACAGAAUUACUAUCCAACCCGGGGCACCGAAUCGGUUAGGCCCUGGCAAUUAUCAAUGAAGAGCCGGACAUGAAUUGGACAUCCGAAUGGUCAUUACUGGGAUUAUUAAUCAUCCUUCUCCUGAGAUGUGUUUCAGGUAUCACAAGAUCGAUGACAGAUGCGAAGGAGCCGAUACUAUUAAAAGUCGUCGCUCCCCGGUCUCACACAGCUUUGUCCGGCGAUGUGACUGUUUUUAUCCUGGACACAGGAGAAAUGGAAACUUCCACAGUAUCUACAAAUAUCGCGGCUACCAACGGUACAAACGGCAUAAAAAAAGAUGAAAAUAAGCAAAUCGAUUCGAAAAAGGACAAAGUUAACGUGGGUCACGAACCGCUUGUGCUUAGAGUACUAUACGUUGAUGGCCUCACGUCAGAAUUGAUUGGUGAUUUUCCUCUGGAUACCCUACCACAUAAGGGUGAGAAUAUUUCUGUGAUAAUACCUUGUGGUAUCUUCUCGCGCGGCGGAAUUUACACAUUACGACUUCAGUACAAGUUCUCAACGGUGGCUGCCAGACACAACACUGCCAUUGCUGGGCUGCCUGAAAUUGAGAUAAGCAGUGCCUUAGAUGUAAAGUGGCCAAUCCCUUCUCUGCUUCUGGAAUCCCAACAUUUCGGUACAUAUCCUAGUCAGCCGGUAGUAGCGAUCAUAAAGUACAAUGGAAUUUCGUGUGUACCUGCCAACGGCAUUCCGGUAGCGGCUUAUAUUUUGCAACUCAUAUAUUGCGGCACUACCGUGGCCGCCUGCGAUCCACAGAAUAACAAUCGCAUGCAAAUUCUCUAUUAUGAGGAAAUAAAUGGAUUUACUUCGCUAAAAGUCAUUAAACUCAAGUGUGAGUUUUUUGGACUUGCCGGAAAUUAUGCGCUUAGAUUAAGAGCUUCGAACAUCAAUCCUUCCGCGCCAACAAUUAGCGCGUAUAUCAAGGUGGAAUGGUCCGACGAGUUUAGCUUCAACAUUCAUGCGAGAUCAAUUUAUCCCUGCGAGGGAUCGGCAGGCAUACCGGUUCUCUUCCAAUAUCCCGCGUGUCGCCUUCAGGGCGAUCGCGUGCGCGUUUACGGUCGUCUACGAGCGGAUGUGAGCUCCCUGGCACCACCGUCCGCUUUACAUUACGUGGCGGAAUUGAAGGCGGCGCCGGGAAAGCACUCGCUAAACUUCGACUGUGAUAUUUUCACCGAGAAGUUCAUCGAGUACUGCUUCGUCUACGUGAGCCAAGCGAUCACCGGCGCGAUGGCGGAAGUAAAGCUCGCGUGCAUACCCACCUUCCCACUAUUAGAAAACGACUCAGCUGGUUGGGGUCCUUGGAGCGCAUGGAGUCCUUGCAGUAGCUCCUGCGUGGGUGGCACUCGCAAUCGAUAUCGAUUUUGCGACACACCACCUCCGAAGUAUGGAGCGAAAUUUUGUCAGGGAAAAGCAGUUGAGACGGAAUCGUGCGGCGGCAUCGGCAGGAUCGAUUUUCAUGAGACAUGGAAUUCUGAAGGCUGGGAGUGCCGACACGGAACGACAUUAGCAGCCACGAGACCGGAAGUCACGGCGCAAAUCGGCGUUCAAUGUCGGUGCGGUUGUAUCGUCAAUUUCCAGGAUAAAACUUUGAACAAAAUCCUGGCGGCGAACACCCAAGCUUGUCCUGGUCGUUCCUUUUGGUUGUUGCAGGCAAAGUCCAACUACGUGGUCCGAUUACACUUGGAUCAAACGCAAUUUCCUUGUCCUGGACAAUAUUUUCGUGCUCGUGACGGUGAUUCGCUGAGCGCGGAACUUUUAACGGACAUCGCAUUCGAUAAAAGUGCACCGGCAACAGGAACAAUAUUUUCCUCGGGUCAGAAUUUGUUAUUGGAGUUCUUCAGCGAUGAAUUGACCGCCUCAGGAAAUUCUUGCGUGGGCGGUUUUCUCGGACACGCGAGCAUGUUUCAGAAACUAUACGAAAAGAACAAGACAUCACUGUCGCUCUCAUCGAAAACAAAUUCCACUCUCACUGUUGAGCAAUGGAUCUUCUGGGGACCCGCGCAUUUGGCGACAGCAUCUCUUUUGAUACUCAUAUUCUUUAUAUCUAUUUUUCUAGCACUACAAUUUGCGCUUAAAUAUAGAAAGUAUCAUAUCGCCGAAGAUUUGGAUACUUUAAGCGAUCAUUCCGGAUGCAGCGAAACAAUGCACAUGGUGGGACGAGCAAAAUCGAUGUCUUCUACCACAUUAAUCUCAGAAGUUGUAUCCUUAGUGGGAUUGCCAAGAAAAUGUACACCAAGACUGUCAAAACGCAAGCUAGCUCCUUGUGCCAUAGAGGAUGGUUAUGAUAGUUCAGAAACUUUAGCGGAAUAUGAAGAUGAAACCAGUUUGAGUUCGACCACCUUGAAGUUCAAAGAUAAUGAGGAAAGCUCAGAGCGAAGCGUAAUACCGAAUAAAUUACAUACUGAUGAAACAUCAUCAACAGUAGCGGCUAUUAUGGCAGUUGGACAGCCGGAAGUAAAAUAUGCCCAACCAGUCAAAUUACGUACUCUGGGAUCUAAUAGCCCCGCAGCAGACAAGCUGACAUCGGACGAUAUCAGGUGUCAAAGUAUAGCGAGCAUUACUGACAGUCCGCAUAUUGCAAGACUUCAUCGCUAUACGUCCACUACUUUGCAGUCCAAGGAAUCAUCAAUGAGCAGCCCGUUAUCGAGUACCUCUACGUUGCGCAGCGGCAAGGAGACAAAGGAUCGUCGAAAUCGCGAGCGACUGCUCCAGGGGCCGGGCUCGGAGUUCAGCCUGACAAAUCCGGAAACGGAUAUGGAGAUGGACUAUUACGAUUACAACGUCGCGAACGCCGGCGCCGCGCCGGGCUCAUAUUUAGGUAUGGAUCCAGCUUUUCUCCUAUGGAUUCCUCCAUUGUCGAUGUCCGAGGAUUUUGAAAGUCCAUCUACGGAUCGCCCGGAUUGUUUUCAAGGCACGACGACGACAAGCCCAUUAUAUCGACUACCGGAGAGCACUGAGGGCGCGACCCUGACCCCGGCCGAGUAUCGACGAAUACGACAACAGCUUGCGUCUAGUGUCGAGGAGACUGGAUUGAGCUUCGAGCAGAAACACCAGGACUCGACGUCUUCGUCGUCGUCGAAGAACGACUCGUCGUCAGGUGGCAGUGGUAACACAUCCGAGGACAGCAUCAGCAGCGAGAGACCCGCCAGGUUGAACGAACGCCUGCUGCCUAUCCACCGGAUCCUGGAGGACUCCAGGACCCGCGUAAGCGAAGAGUCCUUAUGCGGUCAGCUCGCGGACGACAGGACAGCAUGCGUCAUUCCGAAUCGCCUUCACGCCGUUAAAUCUGAUUUUUUCCAAGAGCAGGAUAUCUCGAAGAGCAGUCGGCAGGGUGAUUAUGUAAAUCUUUCUGACAGCAUUCUGGUAAAGUCAGACGAUAAAUUGGAGAAAUCAAAGCAGAGCUCAAAGAGAUAUUCCGAAGAUGUAACCUUUCAUCAUGAGUCUUCAAACUCGCUUGUGAAUCAAAAGGCAAAGGAUAUUUCUCCGGAAGACAAGAAAAACCGCUCCCUCAAGAAUGAUAAUACGUCCAAGUUUCCUAGCAAGUCGACGAGCUCGAAGACUCAAGGAUACAAAGAUAUUGCGGAUGACAAGGAUAAGGAUCUUCAGGGUGUCAAGGAUAACUCCAAAUCCGACAUUCUUCUGACAAAUCUGAAUGUAACGGGCGGCCAAUGCAAAUAUCGAGAUUUCACGCAGUUUACACAGCCUCAUGAGACUAAACUGUCGGACUGCACCAAUAUUGCGAUGAUCGAGUUCUCAGGACCGCGAUUAAGCACGCCGGCGACAGCUCGGAGACUGACGACGGACAAUCUGAACAUUAGUCUGAAGAAGGAGAUUCAAAGUCCGGAUUAUGGGGUCGAGAGCGACAUAAAGGCGGAAUCGCGAGAGUCCUUCUACGAUCUGAUCCGCGAAAACGAGAACGGCAUCAAGUUUGCAGACGAUGAUGACGAAUAUAUUGAUAACAGAGCAAACUUUUGUCAUAAAGUUGAUGUGCCAUCCAUGUCAUUCGGGGGCGUCCGAUAUAUCAGCAGUGUCGAAUUUCACAAGCCAUCUGACAAUUAUUUUGUUACAUUGAAGAGAGGAUCAGUCGAAUCAAAGCUGUUAGCUCCUGCUUUUACUUUCGCCAAAAAUUCGGAUAUGGAUCUUGUGAAACGAGGUUGCAAACAUACGGAAAAUACAAUACAGCACCUUAAAACGUGUCUCUUCCGCAAUUAUGAUAACACUAUCCAUCCAAAUUAUCUCAAAGGAGUUACAAACGUCACACUAAAAUUGAUGCCGAAAGUGAUGGAAUUUGAGGAUACUAUACUAUCAUUACAUAGCUGGAUAUUACUUACUUGGAAAGAUCCACAUCUUACUUGGACAUCAAGAAAUUACGAUGGGAUCACUUUUAUUCAUGUAAAGAGCUGGGAAAUCUGGAUGCCCGAUGUGAGCGUUUCCAACUCUGGCGAUAUGUCGGGUGAUCAAUUUCAGCUACCUCAGAUGGACUGCUUACUUUUCAAUGAGGGUUCCAUUAGUUGCGUGCCGGCUGCGAAAUUUAUGUCCAAAUGUAACACCGAUUUUACUUAUUGGCCUUAUGAUAAGCACCACUGUCGGGUUACAUUGUCUUCAUGGUCGUACAAAGGAGAGGAAGUUGAUUUACACAUAGAUGGAGAAGGAAUUAAUAUGGGUGGUUUUUGGAAAAAUACGGUGUGGAAUUUCAAAUUUAUAAGCUCGGCGAAACAGAUUUACUUUGAUGAGUGCUGUCCGAACGCAACUUACCCGAAGAUCAAUUAUAACUUUCUAUUGACACGAUAUUAUGACAAACAGCAUAUAGCUUUCUCCAUACCAAUUAUCGUUUUAAUACUGAUUACUUUAACGGUGUUCGUGCUGGACGUAAAGUCAGUCGAACGUCUGACGUUGGCAAGCGUCAAUUUAAUUUGCCAUCUGCUCUGUAUGUUCUAUCUGCAUUGGCAAUUACCGUACAAUGGCACUAAUACUCCUAACAUCAUGCUAUUUUAUCAAGAAUCUCUAGCGUUGGCUAUUUUUGCGGUAAUCCUAACGACGUUAUUACGCAAACUGGAAAACAUGAGUACAGAGAUGCCAAAUUGGAUUUCAUCUUCAAUAACAUUAGUUUUAAACAACAAAGCAGGUCGUUUUUUGGUUCUGAAGGACGAAGACUCCAAGAUAACAGACGAAGAUACAGCGACUGAAGAAAAUUCGGAUGUUGCAAAGUCUCAAGUAAAAAUGAAGAGAUUAUCCUGGAAAUAUUUCGCCGUUAUCAUCGACUGGUUAUCCUUUUUCUCUGUGGUCCUCAUUUAUAUUAUCAUUUUGCUUAUUCUUUUAUCAUAUAUUAAUAUUUAUCUAGAUGCUAUUACUGUCACCGGAAAUUCGCAAGAUGAUGUUGUAACACGGGGAUGCAAAAAUUUAGAAGAUACGACGCCGCUGUUGCGCCUCAAGAGAUAUCUCUUUUGCGAUUAUGACAACACUAUCCGUCCAAAUCAAGCUAAAACGGUUACUAACAUCACUUUGAGGUUGAUGCCAAAGUUUAUGGAAUUCGUCGGGGACAACGGUAUACUGACACUCCACAGCUGGAUGUCAUUUUCUUGGACAGAUACACAUCUUACUUGGACACCGAGUGAUUAUGAUGGAGUCACUUAUAUUCACGUAAGAUCUUAUAAUCUCUGGGUGCCCGAUUUAUGCGUCUAUAAUUCUGGCGAUAUGUCAAAUGAUCAAUUUGAGAUGCCUGACACGGAGUGCUUGCUUUUCAAUACCGGUGCAGUUAAUUGCGUGCCAGUUAUAAAAUAUAUAUCCAAAUGCCACAUCGAUUAUACUUAUUGGCCUCAUGAUCAACAGAAAUGCCGCAUAGCUUUUGGCUCGUGGACGUACACCGGAGAAGAAAUCGAUUUUCACUUGGACGGAAACGGAGUUCGUAUGGAUAACUACGAAAAUAACUCAGUCUGGGAUUUUCAAUUUGUAGACGCGGUAAAAUUGGUCAAAAUAUACAAGUGCUGUCCAAAUGACACUUUUCCGAGAAUCGAUUACACGUUUUUGUUGACUCGACAUAAUGACAUAACUCACGCAUCUUACAUCACACCGGCCAUCACUUUAAUAUUGCUUACCCUAACGGUGCUCUGGUUGGAUUCAAGAUCGGUUGAACGAAUAGCUGUCGCAAGCGUGAAUUUUAUUUGUCAUCUACUCUGCAUUUUUGAUUUGCACUGGAACUUACCGUACAAUGGCAUUAAUACUCCUCACAUACUGGUGUUUUACCGUUAUUCUUCGGCGUUGGCUACCUUUGCAUUAAUUUUAACAACCUUAUUACGUAAACUGCAAGAUAUUAGCAAGGAGAUGCCAAAUUGGAUCUCGUCUACGAUGAUAGUCGUCUUAAACAACAAGGCUGGUCGCUUCUUAGUACUCAAUGACGAGGAGUCUAAGAUAGCGGCGACAAAGGAUUGCAAUGACGUUGAGAGUAAAUCGACGGUGUUGCAACUGAAAAGGCAUCUUCUUUGCGAAUAUGAUUCCGAAGUAAGACCGGUCCAGAACAACAAUAAUAUGACGCGUGUGACUUUUCGCUUGACGCCGCACUUCUAUGAUUAUCGUCAGGAAACUGAAAUUUUUGUUCUACAUGCCUGGAUAGGAAUGGCAUGGAGUGAUUCACAUUUGACAUGGAAUCCUGAGCAGUAUGAUAACAUCAAAUGGAUCCCAGUAUUAUCUUAUGAGAUUUGGACGCCGGAUAUUACACAACACAACGAAUGGAUUGACGAAAGUCCGGAGCAUUAUGGGCACUCAAAGUGCUGGGUCUGGAGAGAUGGGACAGUCCAAUAUUUAUCACCAGCAAAAUUUUCCACACAUUGCCUUCCAGAUUACACAUGGUGGCCGUACGACACCUUAAACUGCACCAUACAAUUCGGCUCGUGGUCACAUAUCGGUGAUGAGAUUGACCUCUUUUUCUAUCAGAAUAUGUCAUUACAAGCAAGUAUAGAAUCAAAACAUGUUGAGUGGGAUUUACUGAAAGUUGAUACAACGAAAUGGGAAGAUAGAUACAAAUUCAAUUCAGGUUCCAUUGCUAAAAUGCUUUCUUAUCACUUUAUCCUAAGAAGACAUACGGGUAUCAUACGCAUUGCCUAUGUAUCACCCACUAUAGUGCUAAUGGUGCUGACUCUGACAGUACUGUGGCUGGAACCGAAAUCUUUCGAGCGAAUGGUGACUGCAAAUCUGAACUUUAUUUGUCAUAUAUUAUGUAUACAAGACGUGCAUUGGGAAAUGCCGAAAAGCGGAUUUAAUCCACCCAAAUUACUCACCUUUUACGAGAGCUCUCUGGCAAUAGCGACUUUCACGCUCAUUCUUACUAGUAUCCUGCGACACCUACAGGAACUGACUACUGAACCGCCCGUGUGGAUUUCGUUCAUCACGACGUCUAUCUUGCGCAGCAGAAUCGGACAGAUUCUUCUAGUCAGUAUUCUUGAUCCGGCCGCAACAGCCAAAAUAGAAAUUAAUGCGGACGAUAAUACUGAUCUCGUGCAAUCGGAUAGUAAAAAAUCGCCAUGGAGAUAUGUUACAGUGCUUAUCGGGUGGUUAGCAUUUCUAGGCGUGUUUCUCACCUAUAUCAUUCUCUUAAGCACAUAUUUUCCUACGGAUUAUGCUGUAAAUCUUUAGUAUAUAAACUAGAUUUACUUGGAGUGUCAUUGUUUGUUAAAUAUAUGUACAAUAACGCAGUUAAACAAUAUGAUCAUUGUACAAUAAAAAAUAUAAAUUGUAAAAAGAUAUAAAAUUGGAUAUAUUGAA